AUGCUGGACCCCAAGAGCAUGCCCUGGCGGCGGCUUCAGGGCAUUUCCUUCGGGAUGUAUUCGGCCGACGAACUCAAGAAAUUAAGUGUAAAGUCCAUUACAAACCCUCGGUACUUGGACAGCUUGGGGAACCCGUCGGUGAAUGGCCUGUACGAUUUAGCUUUGGGCCCUGCAGACUCCAAGGAAGUGUGUUCCACCUGUGUUCAAGAUUUCAACAAUUGCUCCGGUCACCUGGGCCACAUAGAGCUCCCACUUAUGGUGUAUAACCCUCUCCUUUUUGAUAAACUCUACCUGCUGCUCCGAGGCUGCUGUUUAAACUGUCACAUGCUGACUUGUCCCCGGGCUGUGAUCCACCUUUUGGUCUGCCAGCUUAAGGUUCUAGAAGUUGGGGCCCUGCACGCAGUCUAUGAACUUGAACACAUUCUCAGCAGGUUUCUGGAAGAAAACCCUGAUCCUUCUGCCUUUGAAAUCCAGGAAGAGCUAAAAGAAUACACAACCAAAAUUGUGCAGAAUAACCUCCUGGAUGCCCAGGGAGCACAGGUCAAGCAUGUCUGUGAGAGCAGGAGCAGACUUAUUGCCGACUUUUGGAAGACACACAUGAGUGCUAAGCGGUGUCCCCAUUGCAAGACUGGGCGGUCAGUUGUGCGGAAGGAGCACAACAGCAAACUGACCAUCACGUAUCCAGCCAUGGUACACAGGAAGAACGGGCAGGAGGACACGGGGAGCCUGGGGAUCGAGGAUGCACAGCUGGGAAAACGAGGGUACCUGACCCCCAACAGUGCCCGAGAACACCUUGCUGCACUGUGGAAGAAUGAAGGAUUCUUCCUGAAUUACCUCUUUAUGGGAUUGAAAAAUGUUGGCAUGGACACCAAGUUUAAUCCCAGUAUGUUCUUCCUAGAAUUCUUGGUGGUGCCGCCCUCAAGGUAUCGCCCUGUCAAUCGCCUGGGAGACCAGAUGUUUACCAAUGGCCAGACCGUGAACUUGCAGGCGGUCAUGAAGGAUGUGGUUCUGAUCCGGAAGCUGCUGGCAUUGAUGGCCCAGGAGCAGACCCUGCCAUGUGAGGUGACGGCUCCUCUUGCAGACGAGGAAAAAGACUCCUCCACUGUUGUGGACCGCUCCUUUUUAAGCACUCUCCCAGGCCAGUCCCUCACAGACAAACUCUACAACAUUUGGAUCCGCCUUCAGAGCCACGUCAACAUUGUCUUCGAUAGCGAGAUGGACAAGUUAAUGAUGGAAAAGUACCCUGGCAUCAGGCAGAUCCUAGAGAAGAAGGAGGGUCUAUUCCGGAAACACAUGAUGGGCAAGCGAGUGGACUAUGCGGCCCGCUCCGUCAUCUGCCCAGACAUGUACAUCAACACCAACGAGAUUGGCGUGCCCAUGGUGUUUGCCACAAAACUUACCUACCCUCAGCUAGUCACCCCUUGGAAUGUCCAGGAGCUGAGACAGGCCGUCAUCAAUGGCCCCAAUGUGCACCCGGGAGCCUCCAUGGUCAUCAAUGAGGAUGGUAGUCGCACUGCCCUCAGUACCACCGACAUCACCCAGCGAGAAGCGGUAGCCAAACAGCUCCUCACUCCAGCCACAGGGACACUGAAGCCUCAAGGGACAAAAACUGUGUGCCGACACAUCAGAAACGGGGACGUCCUCCUACUGAACCGACAGCCAACUCUGCACAGACCCUCCAUCCAGGCCCACCGCGCACGGAUCCUGCCUGAAGAGAAAGUCUUACGUCUGCACUACGCCAACUGCAAGGCCUACAAUGCCGACUUUGAUGGAGACGAGAUGAAUGCCCACUUUCCCCAGGGCGAGCUGGGCCGGGCCGAGGCCUACAUCCUGGCUUGCACCGACCAGCAGUACCUGGUCCCCAAGGAUGGACAGCCAUUGGCAGGGUUGAUCCAAGACCACAUGGUCUCAGGGGCAAACAUGACCAUCCGGGGCUGCUUCUUCACCCGGGAGCAAUACAUGGAGCUGGUGUACCGAGGCCUCACAGACAAAGUGGGGCGGGUGAAGAUCCUGCCCCCUGCCAUCCUGAAGCCCUUCCCCCUGUGGACAGGAAAGCAGGUUGUGUCUACGUUGUUAAUAAACAUCAUCCCAGAAGACCACAUCCCGCUGAAUUUAGUGGGAAAGGCAAAAAUCAGUGGGAAGGCCUGGGUCAAAGAGCCUCCUCGCCUUGUUCCAGGAUUCAACCCUGACUCCAUGUGUGAGUCCCAGGUGGUUAUCCGGGAUGGUGAGCUGCUGUGUGGCGUACUGGACAAGGCGCACUAUGGGAGCUCUGCCUUCGGCCUGGUGCACUGCUGCUGUGAGGUCUAUGGAGGCGAGACCAGCGGCCGCGUUCUCACCUGCCUGGCCCGCCUCUUCACUGCCUACCUGCAGCUCUACAGAGGCUUCACACUGGAUGUGGAAGACAUUUUGGUUAAGCCAAAGGCAGAUGUCAGGAGGCAUCAGAUCAUCGAAGAGUCCACCUGCUGUGGGCCCCGGGCUGUCAGGGCGGCGUUAAACCUGCCAGAAGCUGCAUCAUGUGAUGAAGUCCGAGGGAAAUGGCAGGAUGCCCAUCUGGGCAAAGACCAGAGGGAUUUUAACAUGAUUGAUCUGAAGUUCAAGGAGGAGGUGAACCAUUACAGCAAUGAGAUUAACAAGGCAUGCAUGCCAUUUGGCCUGCACAGGCAGUUCCCCGAGAACAACUUGCAGAUGAUGGUGCAGUCUGGAGCCAAAGGCUCAACUGUGAACACGAUGCAGAUCUCCUGCUUGCUGGGCCAGAUUGAGCUGGAAGGCCGGAGACCCCCACUGAUGGCAUCUGGCAAGUCUCUGCCGUGCUUCGAGCCAUAUGACUUCACUCCCAGGGCUGGUGGCUUUGUCACUGGCAGGUUCCUCACUGGCAUCAGUCCUCCCGAGUUCUUCUUCCACUGCAUGGCUGGGCGAGAAGGCCUGGUCGACACAGCCGUGAAAACCAGCCGCUCUGGCUACCUCCAGAGGUGCAUCAUCAAGCACCUGGAGGGGCUGGUGGUCUGUUACGACCUGACUGUGCGUGACAGUGAUGGCAGCGUGGUGCAGUUCCUCUACGGGGAGGACGGCCUGGACAUCCCCAAGAUGCAGUUUUUGCAGCCCAAGCAGUUCCCCUUCCUUGCCAGCAAUCAUGAGGCUAUAGUGACAUCCAAACAUCUCCGUGAAGUUUUGUCCAAAGGAGACCCCCAGAAAGUUCUCCGUCACUUCAGAGCCAUCAAAAAAUGGCAGAGCCAGCAUCCUAGCCCCCUGCUGAGAAGAGGUGCCUUCUUGAAUUACUCCCAGAAGAUGCAAGCUGCCGUGAGGGCCCUGGGCCUGGAUGAGGGCAGCCAGAACGGCCGCAGCUCAGAGACGCGGGAGAUGCUGAGGAUGUGGUACGAGCUAGAUGAGCAGAGCCGCAGGAAAUACCAGAAGAAGGCAGCCCCCUGUCCUGACCCUAGUCUGUCUGUCUGGCUCCCGCAUAUAUACUUUGCAUCUGUUUCGGAAACCUUUGAGAAAAUGAUCGAUGACUACAGCUUUGAGUGGGCCUCAGUGAAGAGUAGUUACGAGAAGUCGAAGCCGUCACUCAAGAGGUUGCGGACGCUGUUGAAGCUGAAGUGGCAGAAUUCUCUCUGUGCCCCAGGCGAGGCAGUGGGCUUGCUGGCUGCCCAGAGCAUCGGGGAGCCCUCCACACAGAUGACCCUGAACACUUUCCACUUUGCUGGCAGAGGCGAGAUGAAUGUCACCCUGGGCAUCCCAAGAUUGCGGGAGAUCCUCCUGGUGGCCAGUGCCAACAUCAAGACACCGAUGAUGAGUGUUCCCGUGCUCAACACCCGGAAGGCCCUGAGGAAAGUGAGGAACCUGAAGAAGCAGCUCACCAGAGUGUGCCUGGGGGAGGUAUUGCAGAAAUUAGAUGUCCAGGAGUCCUUCCGGAUGGAAGCAAAACAGGAGAAAUGCCGGGUGUACCAGCUCCGAUUUCAUUUCCUGCCACAUGCAUAUUACCAACAGGAGAAGUGCCUGAAACCCAAGGACAUCCUGCACUUCAUGGAGACAAGAUUUUUUAAACUUCUGAUGGAAUCCAUUAGAAAGAAGAACAAAGCUGCUUCAGCUUUCAGAAGUGUGAAUACUCGAAGGGCUACCCAGAAGGAUCUGGACAUCUCCGGGGAGUCUGGGAGGAACCAGGAGCAAGAAGACAAUGAGGAAGAGGAAGGACACAUUGUGGAUGCUGAAGCUGAGGAAGGGGACGCUGAUGCAUCUGAUGCAAAGCGCAAAGAGAAGCAAGAGGAGGAGGUUGAUUACGAGAGCGAGGAAGAGGCAGAGAAGGAAGGGGAGGAGAAUGAGGAUGAGGACAUGCAGGAUGACCGGAGCGUCGCCGGUGAUGGCCCCCAAGAGCAGGAUGGAGAGAUGGGCCCUAGCCCAGAGGAAGACACAGUGCCGCCACCGCCCCGGAAGUCCACUCACAGCCAGGGGCCCCAAGGAACACAGGGGGCCGAGGCAGUGGAGCGCCGGAUCCAGGCUGUACGGGAAUCGCACGAGUUCAUCGAGGAUUACAAGUAUGACGUGGAGGACAGCCUGUGGUGCGAGGUGACCGUGAAGCUCCCUCUGAUGAAAAUCACCUUUGACAUGAGCUCCUUGGUGGUGUCCUUGGCCCAUGGCGCUGUCGUCUAUGCAACCAAGGGCAUCACCCGCUGCCUUCUGAAUGAAACCACCAACAAAAUGAAUGAGAAGGAGCUUGUCUUAAACACAGAAGGCAUUAACCUCCCAGAGCUGUUCAAAUACGCUGAGGUGUUGGACCUUCGCCGCCUCUAUUCCAACGACAUCCACGCCAUGGCCCACACGUACGGCAUCGAGGCUGCGCUGCGAGUGAUUGAGAAGGAGAUCAAGGAUGUGUUCGCUGUUUACGGCAUCACCAUUGACCCUCGCCACCUCUCUCUGGUCGCGGAUUACAUGUGCUUCGAGGGCGUCUACAAGCCACUGAACCGCAUCGGGAUCCGGUCAAACUCAUCCCCUCUGCAGCAGAUGACUUUUGAGACUAGCUUCCAGUUUCUGAAGCAAGCCACCAUGAUGGGUUCUCAUGAUGAGCUGCGGUCUCCUUCUGCCUGCCUGGUGGUUGGGAACGUGGUCAGGGGCGGGACCGGCCUCUUCGAGCUCAGACAGCCCCUGAGAUAG